AUGCUCCAUGGGGAACGAUUAUCACGCUCGCGCACCGGCUGUCUUCAGUGUCGAAGGAGACACAACAAAUGCGAUGAGAAAGGACCUAUGUGCUCUUUUUGCUCUUCGAGAGAGCUUGACUGUGAAUGGCCAUCCGGGUUAAAAUGGAUUAGACGGCCUCAACCUACCUCAUCAAGACAUCGGUCUCGACACAAAGAUCGGCAGACGCAUGAUACACAGUCGAUCCGCCUUCUCCCAUCUCCAUUUCAGACCUUUGACCAUGGAGCCUUCGAUUCCGAAGAGGAAAGGCUGGCAUGGGAAUACUACGUGAGACUAGUCUCCUCUAAUGUCCCAGCGUUGGAUGGACCAGAUAAUCCCUACCGCCACCUCUCCUUCACAGCGCUUUCAUCGCCCAUCCUACGUCAGACAAUCCUCUGCAUAGCCACCGAGCACAUGCUCAACUUCGGCAUGGGUAGUAUCUCAGUUGCCGCACAACGCCAACAACGAAUGCUUCGCACCAUAGGUCAGAAUCUGCAACUGAUUACCCGACCAGGGAUCUGUGCAACAAGAGACAUUAUUAUACCCAUAAAUUCAACCCCUGUGGACCACGAAGCCUUGCUCACGGCUGUCGUGUUACAAGGUGUGGUUGUUGCGCAGUCCGAGGAUGGGGUUCUAGAGCCCCAUGUGCGAUGCGCCUCGUUUCUCAUGGAGACACUGGAUUAUUUUCGCCAGAUACCCUCUGGUUCCAUUAUGCGAAUGACUGUCCAGCGUUUUGCGAUGGUUGAUCUCAUGCUCGCGUUCUCGCGCCAACGACGACCGUACGCACCACGGGAUUUCCUGCUUCACCAUCCCGAUACUACCAGAUGGGAUGAUUCAGAGCCAUCCUUCCAUAAGAUGACCGGGUGUCCCCAGCCACUUAUGUGCUUUCUGGUUCAGAUCGCCCAUCUUACCUGCGACAUGGAGGAAAGAUUACAGAGCGGCGCUCCAGUCGAUAACUUACUCUCACAGGCGCACGAUCUCGAAAGCGAUAUUCGCUCAUGGGGCGCACGUUACCGAACAAAUACUCUCCCUGACGAUUGUAGUCGGUCUCCAUUAGACAUUCUCACAGAAUGUUUUUAUUGGACGUCCCACCUCUUACUCGCGCGUCGAGUAUUCCGUGAUCCCACUUGUUCCCUUCGCGUGCAACACCUAGCGCACACAUGCUUCAGACUGAUGGAUCAACUAUCGACAGGAUGUGGUCCUGAUUCCUCCCUCCCUCAACCUUUCUAUCUCGCCGCAAGGGAAGCCAUCACCUGUGAGGAUCGACUAUGGGUUCGUCAGAAGCAUGAGUCGAUGACGGCAUAUUAUCGAGAGCAACAGCGAAAUAUGGCGAUGCGCUUGACGGAGCGGGUUUGGGAGAUUACCGAUCAGGCUCAGGAAAGGGACGGGGCGUGUACAGAUUCGCACAUGGCUAUUUCAAGUUGUGUUGACGAAAAAAUCAAAAGAUUGGAUGAACAGUCUUGUUUAUUCAUUUUUUGA